GGGAACGGUACGCACUGCGGUGUCGAUUCCGAACGCGAUAAAAUCAAUAAUUCUGCACCGUGAUAUGUGGCACAUUCGAAAUCGAAUGCCUUCGAUUGUUUACGUGCAAACACCAUUACCUCCUGGUCUGUGCUCAGCAAGAUCCCAGUGAACUGUUUCCGUGUCUGAGUGAGCUUCGUGACCCUGUCCUCGGGAUCCUUAGGAUAUUGGCUUGGGGCAAUCAAAAAACCUGGUGGAACGCUCCGGACUGCUGAUUAGGCUGGCCUCGGCAGCGGGCGCUAUUCAUUCGUUUGUUCCUAGAUCUACGUUCGACCAGUCGGUAUGGCGGAAUGGGUUGAGAACCUACGGCACAGGAAAGCAGCUUUGGCUGCAGUCGAAGUACUGCUUGCAUUGAUCGUGAUCCUUGCACUGACGGCAUCUACAGACAAAGCCACAGCACAGCCUGGCGUUAGUGACAUGGAUAUCCGCUACGAGGUCAAGAUCAAAUACCCCUUCCACGACCUUAUCGGGUAUUACCUGGGGAAAGAUGCGCCACCCGAUAAUUACACUGUCUUCGUCGACAGCAGUGUGAUAUCGACGUCUCAGCUUCUCCUGGCUACCGGCAUAAUCUGCAUUGUGAUAUCGGUGAUACGGCUAGUUCUCUACGCUGCUCUCGGGGAACAUCCAAAGUCACAAAGGGUGCCACCAGCAGAGUUGGUAGCGACAUCAUUCAUGACACUGAUGCUUGUCGUCUCAGCCAGUAUGUUCGUCUGGCAAGUAUCCGACACUCUCAUAUCAAAUAUCUCCGCGAAUCUGGACGUAGUGAUCGGAACCUGUCCGACUGAAAUGAAGUGUUACAAGUCUCUGCCACGGUUCAGGGCACUCUAUGCAGCAGGGGCAUUUCAGUUCAUCUCGGCGGUAGCAUGGGCAAUAAACAUUUGGUUUGCAUUCCGAAACACGUACCUGCACCGUCCGUACUACCUUGACCAGAUGGAGGCCGGUCAAGGACCGGGUGCACAGGAAAUUCCCACGACCAGCACGCCGGCAACCUCUUACGGAACUGGCGAGGGACGAAGCUCCAAGCGAUUUAACCCAGGCAAACAAUGGGAGCCAAAAGAGAUGAGUGUGAUGUCAAAACCGACAGCGGCAGACAUGGACGCUUAACGAUUCAGUUCAAAGUCUUUAUUUUCUCAUGAAGCAAUUGCUUCUGACUGUUGAUGGCUGAACUUUCAUUUUUUAUAACUACACUGCCAAUAGGUUAACUCCAUUCUCCCGACCAGAAUGAUUUUACAGUGGAUUACUUGUCUGCAGAACCUAAGGCAAUGAUUUUAGUAGAAUCAUAACUACUCGUCCUUGUCGUACUGCUGUUUUAAACCGAUAGGAGGUAAUGCGAUUUUUGUUGACAUUCACUUUGAGAGAUGACUCACAUGGGUCAUAUUGUUCCCAUUGCCGGAAUUGAUCAUUUUAAUGGAGGAGUUGGCACUUCCUUUACAUUUGAUUUCCCUUUUAAUUGGCGUUUAGGUAAACUUCACCUUGGUAGCGUAUAGCUGUCCAAUUCUUUAAUAGAUUUAAAUGUACUGCAGUACAUGUACAUUGCUACUAGCUGCGGGAAUGCGAUUCGGCUAUGCUUAUUAAGCCAUGCUUAGUAAUGUGAUUGCAUCUCAGAUUUUGUGUGCUGCUAA